AUGAUUACACUGUUUAUACUCAUCAUAUCGUAUACUAAAGUCACAAACUGUGGCGAAACCCUAAGCCAGUCCACAAUGUCAGCGCCGUGUGGUUUCGGGUAUUUUCCAUGUAAUAACUCAACCGUUUGUGUGCAACAAAAGCUUAAUUGCGAUGGAAAUAAGGACUGUCCCGAUGGCUCCGAUGAGCUAUUAUGCGAGGAUUUCCAUAAAAGCGAAUACUAUAACAACUUAUUCAAGAAGAGACCCGAUGAGGACCGGGAUAAACGGGAACAGGAGGGCUGCCUAUUAUCGCACAUUCCCGAGGUGUGCACGUGUUUCACAUCGAGCUUAUUCUGUGAGCACCAGAACCUAUUCACUGUGCCAUCAGACCUUCCUCAAGACAUUACUGACCUGAUUUUGACGGCCACUGACAUCAUGUCUAUUGAGAGGAAAACAUUUCAAAACAUGAAUCGAUUGCAAUAUCUGUACUUAAGUGGCAAUAAAAUAUCGACCAUCAGGAGCAAGACAUUCAUCAACACCACUGUUUUAGAACUAUUGGUUCUCUCUCAUAAUCCCAUCACUCAAUUGGAGUCAAAUUCUUUCGACGGUUUGUCAAACCUGACGGAACUAGAUCUCAGAGACUGUCGUCUUAAUGAUUUGCCGCUUCAGAUAUUUGAUUCAUUAAAACACGGAAACCUAUUGACC